AUGGCCAAGGUUCAAGCAAUUGAAGAAGAGACUCUCCCAUUCUACCAUCAAAAGCAUUACUACCCCGUCAAAAUCGGGCAGGUUUUUAAUAGUCGAUAUCGAGUAAUUGCGAAACUUGGUUAUGGAGCUUACUCUACUGUUUGGCUGGCGUGGGAUGAGAGUGCGAAAGAAUAUACCUCACUGAAGGUCUCUAUACAGCUUGAAGAUAAUGCCCAGAUCUCUCCCAUACUUAAUGAAGUCAGCAUGCUCCAACGCUUACAGUCAUUCGCCGAUAAGGAUCACCCUGGCCUGGACUUUACGCGCCUUUCAUAUGACAUCUUUCAGCUUGUUAGUCGGUCUGGUUGCCAUUACUGCAUCGCGUCUAAACCUCAAGGAAACAGUGUUCGCACAUUGCAGGAGACAUUUCCGAACAGAAGGUUACCGAAACUCCUGGUGAAAUCCUUAAUACACCGUCUGUAUUUCUCAGUGAAUUGGCUCCAUGCAACCUGCGGCGUUGCACAUACUGACAUCUUACCCCAGAACGUGUUGAUGCAAAUUGAAGAUGACACCAGCCUUAAAGAUGUUGAGGACCAGGAGUUCCAGGACCCAAGUGUUCCAAUUACCAGAAAUAAUGGGGAUGUGACUACUAUUGUCUAUAGGUCUCGACCUACCAUGCUAGAACUCUCCGGUCACCCUAUUCUUACAGAUUUCGGUCAAAUGCGAUUGGUUGAAGGAUGUGUAAAUCAGGAUUGGUGGAUGCCGGAUCUAUAUCGCGCUCCAGAAGUACUAUUGCAGCUCCCCUGGGGUUUCCCAGUUGAUAUAUGGUCGAUUGGUGUCAUGACACUGGAGCUCCUCGAGGGAAAAAACCUCUUUGAUCCAAUAGAUCAUGUCCAUUGUCAGUAUGUACUCCCAUUGGCUUUGGCACAAUACAUUGGAUAUCUCGGACCUCCCCCACUGGAUAUCGUCCGGCAGAGUCCACUUUUCGAAACCUACUUUGAUGCAGAUGGUAAGGCCUGA